AUGAACAUAGCAUUCGGAAGGGGAAGAGGAAAAAAGAAGGAUGGAAAGGAGAUGAACAGCGUGUUCGCCGUGUACGGUAUCGAAGUCUCCAAGCGACAUCUGUCAUUAACAGCUGACUACAUGACAUUUACGGGUCAAAUAGCUCCAUUCAAUCGUGGAGCCAUGUCGGCCUCGUCGUCGCCACUUCAGAAGAUGACAUUCGAAACGACUAUGGCAUUCAUGAAAGAAUCCCUUUUGCACGGUUUGACAAGGUUCCGCUAUAAAUGUUUUCCUUGA